ACACAGAUGCUGGUAAACAACAUCGGAGAAUUUCAAAUCAAAACUUUACUCUCCGCCAUCAAGUGACGACUGUUUACCGUUAUGUUGUUUGUUUGGGUGUUCGUCUUUGUGUCUGGGUUUGUUUGGCUGGCUGAUGGAUCAUGUUAUUUCAUGCAGCAACCUCCUAGAAAUUUAAACGGUUGUGUGGAUAAAACAGGUCAAGUGAUUGGUUUUAAUGAAACAAAGUUCGACUACGAGGCUUGUUUUUAUUGCUACUGUGGACGUGGAGCAUUACAUUGUUGUGGGUUUGGCUACAACGCAGGGAUCAUGGAAAGACAAGGCUGCACGUUGAAGAGACUGCCUCGCUGUGAUUAUACUUUUAUCAAUGAUGAAGACGGUGUGUCACAAUGUACGCAUUAGAUGGUUUUUAAAAUGGACUUGAACUUUAUGCAAAUGAACUACAAUUUUAUAAAAAAAAUUGUGGCUGAAUAAAGUCAAAUCAAUUGUACUCUCAUUCAUGCACUCAUUAGUCGUAAAUAAAGUGAAAAUUCAAUUUG